UCGCUCAGCGUUGGCCGCCGCGCGCGUGACGUUUCCACGGUGAGCGGCGUGGCCCGGUUUCCGCGGCGAGGCUCUCGAGGUCCGUUCUGUCGUGCCGCGUUCGCCGUGCAGUGAACAUACGCUCGUCUGGGCCAAGAUGGUCGCGGUGAAGGGACGCAAGAGCUCGAAUAAGAAUCCGCCGAUAUUCAGCCAUGAGUUUGUCAUACAAAAUCAUGCGGACAUCGUCUCCUGCGUGGCUAUGGUCUUCGUGAUCGGCUUGAUGGUGCAGGUUACUUCACCAUGGGCAUACAUGUUUAUUGCUAUUCAUCAUAAUGUGACUAAUACUACUGAAGAUCCAACAGCAAUGAUAAAGUAUGCUACAGGAUGGAAAGAUGCCUGCGCAGUAUUCUUUUACUUCUUGAUAACUAUUAUAAUGCAUGCUGUGCUUCAGGAAUAUAUAUUUGAUAAAAUUUCCAAACGCCUUCACCUCAGCAAAGUCAAGCUUUCUAAGUUCAACGAGUCCAGCCAAUUGAUAGUAUUUUAUACAUUAUCUGCAUUAUGGGCUAUUGAUAUUAUCAUUAGGGAAAAUAUGCUUUUAAACAUAUGGGCAUUAUGGGAAGAAUAUCCGGCACCAAUGUCCUUCUCCUUGAAAUUAUUCUUUAUCGGACAACUUGCUUAUUGGUUACAUUGUUACCCCGAGCUAUACUUCCAACGAAUCAAGAAAGAGGACAUCCCGCAACGCAUUCUCCAUGCAACCAUUGGAUUAUUCUUCACAUCUGCAGCUUAUUUCUUUAACUUCCAACAAUUAGCAAUAAUCUUGUUAACUCUCCAUUAUGUGGGAGAUGCAUUGUUACAUGGAGCCAGAUUAGUUCAUUUUAUUAGUCAAAAAGAAAAAAGAACAAAAUUAUCAUUCCUCGUCGCUAAUUCGACAUAUGUAUUCGCAAGGCUCGCAACCAUCGUGCUUACGCUUGUGGUGUUUCUGUAUGGUUUGAGAAAAUUAGAAUUCAAUUUCGACUAUGAUACCGGCAACUUCAAUGUUCCAGCCGUGCAAUUUUCGGCAGUAUCUGUUAUUUCGCUCUUCCAAGCUUAUCUCUUGUACUACUUCAUCGCGAAGCAAAUUAAGCGUGCGCGCGAGAACGCCGCGCCCGUUGUCGUUAAAACCAAGCCGAAACAAAAGUUGAGAAAGCGAGAAGGUAAGAAAUCCGCCUUAUCGGAAGAUGACGAUCUCCCGGAAGUAGAUCAGGCGACGAAGAAAAAUCUAAGAAAUCGUCCCUCGGCAAAAAAAUAGACGAAUUAACAAAUAAGAAUCACCGCGAUAAGGCUGAUCAAAUAAAUAUUCAAUUUUACAAUUUAUAUGUCCUAAGUCAGAAUGUUCAACUAGGAUGUGACACAAAAAUGCACAAAAAUGCAUCGUUUCUUGUAAUACAAAAGUGUGAAACUUC